GGUAGACAUAUAUACUCACUUAGAUACGAAGAGAGAGAGAGAGAGAGAUGGGUGUGAAAGUUGUGGCAGUGGUUGUAAUAGCAGCUGUUGUGGCAAUAUGUGCUGGUGGAGCAGAUGGUAGGGUGGAUAUGUCAUCCUUCCUCGGCUCGGUGGGCAUUCAAGCAGUGGGAGAUAAGACGUCGUCGGAGGCAUGCUGUGAUACAUGCUACUGUACAAAAUCCAAUCCUCCAAUUUGCAGGUGUGCAGACAUUAAGGAAUACUGCCAUUCAGCUUGCAAGCAGUGUAUUUGUGCCCUUUCCUAUCCUCCUCAAUGCCGCUGUGUCGACACCAACAACUUCUGCUACGACCCUUGCACCACCACUAAUAAGAACCAACACCUCCUCAAUGUUCUGUUCUAAUUAUCAACUAAUAGCAGCUAUCAUGCACGCUGCAUAUGCCUACCUACCUUACCUAUAAUAAGGCAUUAGCAAUUACUCUUGUUGCUAACCCUCGCCCUACUAUUAAAUAAAUUAAAACUCUCUUCUGUUGUACUCCUCCUACCUCCUACCUAUGUAGCUACUUUAAUUUCUAGUUUCUACUACUAAUAAUAAUACCCUCCAUCGCUCUUAUUCUAUAUAUGA